AUAAAACAAAGCCUACCCAACAACUUAAUGCGCCUAAAGGGGACUAUAUAAGCCGGGUGGCAUCGCUUUACAAUCAAUAUUUGCAUCAACACUUCAUAAUGAAUCUUAUAAUUUUGGGAGGUGUGCUAGUGGCGCUAUGCGUGGUGGUGUCGGCGCAGCCCGCGGGUCUUGGGGACCUGCCCUUGGAGGGGGGUCAUGAGGAGUCCCUGCAGGCGGCCGAGACCUUCGGCUUCGGGUACGGCGGGUACGGUGGACGCGGCUUCGGCGGGUACGGCGGACACUACGGCGGGUACGGUGGACACUACGGCGGGUAUGGCGGACGCGGGUUCGGGGGCUAUGGCGGACACCACGGCGGUUACGGAGGUUACGGCGGUGGCCGCUACUACGGAGGCUGGGGACGCUAAACACGAGUGAAAUUGUAAUACUGAAUACGGCUAGUUUAAUUAGAAAAUAAAAUUAUGUUAAGAUA